GACUGGGGAAUAUGAGUUUAUAGAGCUGCUAGGUGGAGUGACGAAGUCAGUGGAAACGCAUUUAAGAGGAUGUAUCUGCCAAGUGAAGGCCUGCAUCCGGUUCUGCUGUCCCCGGAAGAACAUGCUGGCCAAUGGAGACUGUAGUGAUGAUCUGCACGAGGAGAUCCAGCAGAGCAACAGGUCUCUGAGUAUGGUCCACUUUGACAAAGCGUGGCAUAAGGAGGAGUACAAUCUCAGGGACAUGCAUAUCAUCAGGAAACACUUUGAGCCUUGCGACGAGGUGAUCAAUGUGAGGGAAAAUGAGUACACGAUCUUAAAGGACGGAACCUUUUACCUCCUCGCCCUCCCGAAGAGAUUAAGCAAUGAAGAAUACUGUCUAUAUCCCCAGUUCGAUGCGGAUUUCCCAAAGUCGGUGUGGCUUUCUCACCACUGGUGCAAAUUGAAUGCCCUGACAGCGGCAAUUGAGGUUCAUGUGAUAUCGAUAAUAUGCGUUAUCUUCACGGUAGUCGUAUAUAUUUGUGUGAAGGAACUUCGUGAUUUACUCGGGAAGUGCUUAGUUUGCGGCUUACUCAGCAUGCUAGUUAAUUAUCUUACCGCGUUGCUAGAAACAUUUGGUUUAGCCACCGACAUUUGCGUGCUAGCAGGUUACAGUAGGUACUUCUUAACUAUGGCACACCACCUCUGGUUCUCCGUCAUUAGCUAUCACUUGUGGAAUUAUUUCACCUCGCUCAAUCGCUCCGAGUCUCCGAAUCGCUUUCGGAUCUGCAACAUCAUUGUCUGGUGCACUGCAGCGAUUCCGACCGGAGUCAUUUACUUGAUGAAUGCAGUUUGGGGGAAGGAUCUCCAAAAAUGGAACUGGUUGCCCUCUAUUGGUUUCAUUCAAUGUUCUGUGAAAGGUACGAGCAGAUAUUCCUGGCUGUACCAAACUGGACCUCUGCUAUUCAUCAGUAGUUUUAAUGUGAUCAUGUUCAUCCUGAUUUCGAUUCACAUUUGGAAAGUUACGAACCAACUGAAGAAGAUCGUCAAACAGGAGGAGAGGAUGAAGGCCGUCCUCGAGUACGACAUUCCGACUUACCUAAGGUCUGUGCGAGUCUUCAUCAUCAUGGGUGUUUCCUGGAUUAUGCCGCUAAUUAUGAGCUUGGCCCAAUAUUUUAAGUUUCCAUAUAUUAUCAUUAUAUCCUCCUACACGGAGUCC